GACGAAGCCACAUUCGCCCUGAGAGAGGCGGAGCCAUUUCCUCUAGCCCCGCUCUCGCGAGCACUCGGAACUCUCGCGAGACUCUACGCCCGACUUGUGCGCCCGGGAAACCCCGUCGCUCCCUUUCCCCUGGCCUGCAGCGUGGAGACCGCACGAUGCCAGGAGUUACUGUAAAAGACGUAAACCAGCAGGAGUUCGUCAGAGCUCUCGCAGCUUUUCUCAAAAAGUCCGGGAAGCUGAAAGUUCCCGAAUGGGUGGACACAGUCAAGCUGGCCAAGCAUAAAGAGCUUGCUCCCUACGAUGAGAACUGGUUCUACACGCGAGCUGCUUCCACAGCACGGCACCUGUACCUCCGGGGUGGCGCUGGGGUUGGCUCCAUGACCAAGAUCUACGGGGGACGGCAGAGAAAUGGUGUCAUGCCCAGCCACUUCAGUCGAGGCUCCAAGAGUGUGGCCCGUCGUGUCCUCCAAGCCCUAGAGGGGCUGAAAAUGGUGGAAAAGGACCAAGAUGGGGGCCGCAAGCUGACACCUCAGGGACAGAGAGAUUUAGACAGAAUCGCCGGACAGGUGGCAGCCGCCAACAAGAAGCAUUAGAACAAAGGAUGCUGGGAUAAUAAACUGCGUCAUUCAGAA